AUGGCGACACUAGGCGGCUAUCUCGAGAGUAAGCAAUCCCCCAAGCUAGUUCCAGAGAUGGCAGAGACACUGACCCCCCAUCGUUCACCUCCAGAAAAGGUCCUCGUCGUAACGGCCGACUCUCGAAUCCUCGUUGGAACGCUCUCUGCGGCCGACCAAUCCACAAACCUUGUCCUGAGCAAUGCGACGGAACGCAUUAUCCGCGAGCCCGACGAUGACGAGCCGUCAACCGAGAUCCCACUGGGACUUUACCUUGUCCGAGGAGACAACGUCUGCUCUGUGGGACUGGUGGAUGAGAAGUUGGAUGAGAGCAUCAACUGGACACAGGUGAAGGGUUCAGUGAUCGGAGGCAUCAAGCACGUAUAG